UAGUCACGAUGCUCCAUCCAUGAACCUCAAGAAUGCUCUCUAAAAACAAAAAAAAUACCCAUGGUCGUUCGAAUUCAUGCGGUAGCAUUUUCAUUUCGUAUUUCCUACUCCCUAUUCCUUCGAUUUUCUCUUCUGUUCUUUGCCUUUUGGUUGUUGUUCUCGCUACUCCUACCCUCCAAAGUCCUUGUACCGGUACGUAACUCGAAAACAACAUACAGUAUUACCGCUACACAUACCGCCGCGUUUCUUCGAAAUCCCGAACGGCAGCGUUUCGUUCGUCACGGCACCAGUUUCGGUACGGUACAUCCGGCACAGCGAUCGCAGCAGCAUCGAAGCGCAGUGCAKUGCAGUGCAUCGCAGGCUUGCACGGCUCUUGGAAACCAUGGACGACUCCACCCGAUUCAGCACGGGGUUUGCUUCCCUCCCGGCAACGGCAAGCACCGCCGGCGAAAACGAAAACGAUCCAGACCUGCUGCCCGACCCGGACGAGGGCUUCGUGUUGUUUCCGGAGGACGAGCCGAGCGGUGAUCCGUCCACCUCGUUCCCCGACGCGACGAAACCCGACCACUAUUAUCCCUCGAAGAGCCAGUGCGCCCACGGCGAUGACGAGGAAGAGCAGCACAUUCUCGGCACGAUCAUCGUCCGCGUGGUGGCCGCCAGGGGCCUCGACGAGCCCCCCCACCACCAGCGGGAGACCGGCGGGCUGCGGGGCGUCUUUCGGCAGUCCCAGGCGCCCGCAACGAACCCGUACGCGUCGCUCAAGUUUGGAAGCACCACGCAGCGGACCUCGGAGCUCUACUCGACCCUCGAUCCGGUCUGGCCGCGCGACGAGGUCUUUUUCAUGGACGUCUCGCUGCCGGUGUCGCAGCUGACCCAUUCGGCCGAAACACCGCUUUCGUCGUCGUCGUCGUCCUCCGAGGAGGUCCACCACGAGGAUGCGGCACCGGAAGCUCUCGAUGAUCCUUUCUACAGCUACCAGAAACCCGACAACACGGCCCUGACGGUGGCGAUCUUCCAUUCCGAAUCGGGGAGCAACAACCUCGGCAAGCACAAGCACAAGGACAAGCUGGGCGAGGGAGGCACGGUAUCGGGGGAUUCGGACGACGCCUUUCUAGGAAUGGCCUCGAUCGACCUGGCCGCACUCUUUACGGGCAUGGUUCCCGAGCUAGACGAGUGGGUGCCGCUCCAUGGCACGGCCAGCGACCACCACCACGUUGGCCACCAGGAACACUACCGCUCGUCGAACCGGCACAGAACCACCCGGGGUGCGGCGGUCCGCAUCGUCUGCGAAUACGAACCCAGCGAUGCACCGCCCAAGCCCGGAGACAUUUGCCGCUUCACCAAGUUCUGCCACCCGAGGGACCUGUAUCCCCUCGAGCCCUCCCGGUCGUACAAGGUCGACACGGUCCGCGGCAACGGAACCGCCGUGAUCCUGUCGUACGAGAGCCCAGAGGGGUGGCUCCUGUCCUUUCAGGCCCACCGCAACAUGCUUUUUACAGAGGAACGCCACGUCUCGCCCCUCAACACGGCUCAGGACGAGCUGCAGACGCUCGGGGAACGUUUGGCGGUCUCGCCGCUGAUCGCGGCCGUGACCGAAACGGCCGAGAGGGUCCUCGACGACGGCCUGGUCGGGAUUGCCGGGGAGAUUGUCAAGGGGAGCGCCUUUGUUUUUGACCGCUGGUUCAGGGGCGGUGUCGAUACGGUCAUUCGGGACCUCCGGGACGUGACGAACCUUGAUGGCCGGCACAACCAGGAUGCGAUUGGGGAGUCCCUCGAGAUCGGCCUCGGAUCUUCGGCAUCCCUGGACGAUGCCAGCGACGACGGGGUGGACAAUGCCGAAAGCUGUGCCGAGCACGAACCAGCGGCGCUCGAUCCUAUCGAGGAACAACAAGGCGAGGCCCUGCCCAACAUGCCCCCCUGCCCGAUCACGGGAUUUCCAAUGGUACGAAAGCAAAAGAAAAUCCGUUGGGUCGCACCCAUCACGUCUAUUGUGGUUUGUUGGAUUUGCAUUGCAAUUUAUGGCAAACAUACGAUCUCAACACUUGUUAUCUUUCGUGUUUUCCUAUCCUUGUACAGGUGGAUCCCGUGGUGGCAGCCGAUGGCCACACGUACGAGCGAAGGGCCAUCCGCCGGUGGCUGGGGACCAGCGACAAAAGCCCCAUGACCGGCUCGGUAUUGCUGCACAAGGAGCUGGUUCCGAACUACGGACUGUUGUCGAGCAUCGAGGAAGCCGCGACUCGAGAGGACAACAACAGAGAGUCGUACUUGGCGUCGUCUUUUGACACGCACGUCCUUGUAGACAGCGACGACGAACGAAAACCGCCGCCAAACACGGAUGCGAAUGCCCACGCAUGAGCAAAUAAUACUUGUGUUGUCUUGCAAGUCACAAAGACAAAACCAUCCGGAUGAUUUCCCGAACUUUGCAAAUCGGAUCUGCUCGUGUCGUAGUAUUACACACGUAUCCU